AGCGCGGGUCGGGCGCGGAGCCGUCCCGGGCCGGCCAUGGCCUAGCGGCGGCGGCCGGGGCACAAGAUGAGUUUUCCGGCGGAGGACGGCGUGGGCAGCCUCUGCCACAAGGCGCUGCAGAUCAUCUCGGAGCUGUGCCUGGGCGGGCAGGUGGAGCGGGAGAAGUGCGCAGGCAUCUUCCCGCUGGAGAGCGCCCGGCAGGGCAUCGGCGGCACAGACGUCUCAGUCAGUCUCUUGGCAGUCAUUGUCAGCUUCUGUGGGCUCGCCUUGCUGGUGGUCUCACUUUUUGUCUUUUGGAAGCUGUGUUGGCCCUGCUGGAGGAGCAAACCUCUCACCUCCAAUGCCAGUAAUGUCCCGCAGAGCAAUUCCAGCGCUCCUACGGAGGUUUUGGAGAACAGCGAGAAAAAGGAAGUUAAAGAAAAUGGGAAAGCCACGACCAAGGUACUUGAAGCUGCGCUGAAAAUCAGCCACACUUCACCUGAUAUACCAGCAGAGGUCCAGAACGCGCUGAAGGAGCACCUGAUCAGACAUGCUCGGAUGCAGAGGCAGAUCACCGAGCCCACAUCCUCGUCAAGGCACAAUUCUUUCAGGAGGCACUUGCCAAGGCAGAUGCAAGUGUCCAGCGUUGAUUUUAACAUGGGGACAGACCCGGUCUUGCAAAGGGGAGAGACCACAACCAGCAUUGGGAGAAUAAAACCAGAACUCUACAAACAGAAGUCUGUGGAUUCCGAUGGGCAACAAGAAGACGUGAAAACAUGUGGAAAACUUAACUUCACUCUCCGGUAUGAUUAUGAGAAUGAACUUCUGGCUGUCACAAUUGUCAAAGCCUUAGAUCUGCCUGCUAAAGACUUCACAGGAACAUCCGACCCCUACGUUAAGAUUUAUCUGCUUCCAGAUAGGAAAAAGAAGUUUCAGACACGAGUUCACAGAAAGACAUUAAAUCCAGUCUUUGAUGAAACCUUUCAGUUUCCUGUAGCCUAUGAUCAACUCAGCAACAGGAAAUUGCAUUUCAGUGUUUAUGAUUUUGACAGAUUUUCUAGACAUGACAUGAUUGGGGAAGUUAUUCUUGAUAACCUUUUUGAAGUCUCAGAUCUCUCCAGGGAAGCCAAUGUAUGGAAAGACAUCCACUGUGCCACCACAGAAAGCAUAGAUUUGGGUGAGAUCAUGUUUUCCCUUUGUUAUUUGCCUACUGCUGGGAGAAUGACUUUGACAGUCAUCAAAUGUCGGAAUCUCAAAGCAAUGGAUAUAACUGGUGCAUCAGAUCCAUACGUCAAAGUGUCGCUGAUGUGUGAGGGACGGAGACUGAAAAAGAGGAAAACAACCACAAAGAAGAACACUCUAAAUCCCGUUUAUAAUGAGGCUAUCAUCUUUGAUAUCCCUCCAGAGAAUGUGGACCAGGUCAGCCUCUCCAUUGCAGUGAUGGAUUAUGACAGAGUAGGGCACAAUGAGGUCAUUGGAGUAUGCCGGACAGGAAUUGAUGCCGAAGGCCUUGGAAGAGACCAUUGGAAUGAAAUGCUGGCUUACCCACGUAAACCAAUUACUCACUGGCACCCUCUACUAGAGCUACCUGGCCGAGCAACCAGUUUUGAUAGCCAGGGAUCCUGUUCCUCACCCAAACCACCGCUUACGCCCUAGGGAGCAAGCAUGGAUUCCUCAUGGUCAGUGUCCAAAGCUCCCUUGUAGCUCCCAUCUACAUAAACAGAAGGUUUGGCUUCCGCAGAUGAACUGUAUCCAUAUUUUUUAAUCAAAGUACAUCUUUCCUAUUCGAAGUCUUAUAUGACCAUUUAUAAUAAUUUGUUAAUGUGUGAAUGAAGUUGACUCGAGUCAAAUAUGACCCUUUCUUGUGCAAAUUCAUUCACCUGUUUUAUCUCUGGCAUACAUCCAGUGUCAUAUUCAAGCAGUGUUUUGAUGGGGCCUGUAUCAUUUCAUAGGCAAGGAAAUUAGAAAAAAAUAUCCCUUAAGCAAUUCAAAACUACUGCAGCUUUUAACACCUAAUUCUUUUGAGGGAGAGCAAAGAGUCAUAUACAGCUCAUGUAGUAAAUUCCUUCUAAAUUGCACUAAAUCCUCUACGACUUUGCAAAAUCACACCUCAAACUGAACGUUGCAUAAAAAAUAACCUGUUGUCAUAUUUUGAGUGUCUGGAAAAUCAGUUCAUUCCUUGGGCAGGGAGGAAGGGCUGAUUUAAAGCCCACCGGAGCCAAUGAGGAGGAUCUACUGACUUCAAUGGGUUUUAGUCGAGCCCUUAUGAAACAGGUAUGAGAACUGGAUCUAUGCAGUUAUAACCUUCCAGCACUCAUAAUGACAGCUGCAUCCCUACACAAGUCAAACUGCAGAGGAGAGAAUUCUCAGAAGGAAUUGAUUUAAUGUGAUUUAUCUCUUCACAAAAUUGACCAAAUAUUGCAGUUACCUACAAUAUUUUUGUGAUUCUUGAUUUAAUGUGACAGACUUAGAUUUUUUGAAGAUAUUUUGACUGAGUGCUCAGCACACAUGGAAUUUAGUUUCUGGUUGCUGGCUGGAUGCCUCUAGACAUAGAUGCUAAAUAUGAAUUUGAGAUGUGUUUUCUGUCAGUCUAUGGUGAGAGAAAUUGAAAUGUGACUAUUUUACAAGCAAGUAAAGUAAUUUAUUAGAAUACACAGUGACAGCAAAUGCAAAAAUCUAUUGACUGUAGUCAGGUAUUUUAAAAACCAGAAGAAAACUACAUAUUUUGUGGAUUUAUCUCUAAACACUGCAGUUUACCUCAAUUAGAUAAAUCAGAUAGUUACUUUCUUUUUUCCUUUUUUCCUUCUUUCUGUAGCACAAACGGCCUGAUUGGGUCUGAGGUUUUGAAAGCUGGACUGUAAUUAGAAAAAAGUUGGGUGGUGUCACUUUUGGUAUCUUUGAAUAUAUAUAAAGAAAAUUGAGGAGGCAGUGUUUUCCAAAACAGCAGUUUUACAGACGUGUCAUGAAGGAGAAAAACGCCAAAGGAAGAUUGAUUUAUGAUAAUGAAAGAAAUUUUGAGAAUUAGUCUGGAUAUGAAGGGGAGAGGUUGUUUUAUCAAACUUCUGAAGAACCAUUUUGAGUUGGUUUAGCCUGGCUGACACAGAAUAUGUUCCUGAAGAUCCAGUCCCUCCAUGCCACUGACUAAUCUCUAAGACAGACAAAAAUACCUUGACGUGUCUUAAUUACUCCAGAAAAGCUAGCAGGUGUGGUCUUAACAUUGCAGGUGUAUCUAAAUCAAAAAAAAGGAGGCAGCCUUGCUUCCUUUACAUCUUGCACCUGUGCAUAUGAACACAGCAAGCAAGUAAAUUUAAAAAUUAAUCUCUCAAACAGUCUUUACAAUAAGGGGGGGACAG